UGACGGCAGUGAAACACGAGCUCCUGGCAUAAUUUAUCACCGUUGAAAUUAACUUCUUAGAUUUCCAUGCAUGCAUGCAUACAAUCUAUUAAUAUUCUAUUAUCAUGUCAUGGGUCGCGUCUUCCUUCCAGUACUCCACAGGCGGAGCAGGAGUGUCAAAAAGUUCAAGACUCCCUCCAGUAAAGUCCUUUUGAAUUUUUGGUCUGAAUAUAUUUUCAGCUGAACAUUGGAGCAUUCCCACCAUGGCCGCUGCACCCUGAGGGGAGAUGGAUUUAGAGGUGAAGGAUGAGAACGGGUCGAGUUGUGUCUCCCGGAAUGAGAGCGAGCGCGGACUGAGCGCUUCCUCCGCCGGAGUGUCCACUGCGCUGGCCAGCGUGCUGAUUUUCACCAUCGUGGUAGACAUCCUGGGCAAUGUCCUCGUCAUCUUGUCCGUGUACAGGAACAAAAAGCUCAGAAAUGCAGGCAACAUCUUCGUGGUAAGUUUAUCCGUAGCAGACCUGGUGGUGGCGUUGUACCCUUACCCUCUGGUCCUGAUAGCCAUCUUCCACAAUGACUGGACCAUGGGCGACCUGCACUGCCAGGCCAGCGGCUUCAUCAUGGGCCUAAGCGUCAUCGGCUCCAUCUUCAACAUCACGGCCAUCGCCAUCAACCGGUACUGCUACAUCUGCCACAGCCUCCACUACGACCGCCUGUACAGCCUGAGGAACACAUGCUGCUACCUUGGCCUCACCUGGCUGCUCACCGCCCUCGCCACUGUGCCCAACUUCUUUGUCGGCUCUCUGCAGUACGACCCUCGCAUCUACUCCUGCACCUUCGCCCAGACGGUCAGCUCAUACUACACCAUCUCAGUGGUGAUUAUUCACUUUCUGAUCCCGCUGCUGGUGGUGUCCUACUGCUACAUGAGGAUAUGGGUGCUGGUGAUUCAAGUGAAACAUCGGGUUAAACCAGACCAAGGGACCAAACUGAAACCUAGUGAUGUGAGGAACUUCCUUACUAUGUUUAUGGUGUUUGUGUUGUUUGCAGUGUGCUGGGCUCCACUGAACCUCAUAGGCCUGGCUGUAGCUAUAAACCCCGCAAAGGUUGAGCCAUACAUACCUGAGUGGCUCUUUGUCACAAGCUACUUUAUGGCGUACUUCAACAGCUGCCUCAACGCCGUCAUAUAUGGACUACUAAACCAAAACUUCCGUAAGGAAUACAAGACAAUCCUCCUUUCUCUUUGCAUCCCUCGUUUGCUCCUCAUGGAGACCUCCAGGUGUGCCACAGAGGGACUGAAGAGUAAGCCUUCUCCAGCUGUAACCAACAACAACAACGUAGCAGAGAUAAAUGUAUGAACUUAAUGUUUCACUGGGAAACUCAGAUUCAGUUUCUCUGGAGCCUCAUUGUGGAUGUGUGCCAUGAUUUAUUCAGUGCCUUGUCACAAGAUGUGUUUCGUUUUCCAGUUGUAAAGAUGUAAUUGAGUUAAGAGAGGACAGUGCUACACAUGUACAGUGUCAGACACUGUUCCCUCAUGUAGAGAGAACAAAAAUGAAUUGUAUCACCGGUACAUUGCGCUCCUUAGUGACCCUGCACUCUAUUUAAAGACAGACCAUCUGGUUCACAAGCAAGAAAA